CAAAGCAAAGCAACAAACUAUCUCCUCGUUGCGCGUAUUGAGCUUCAUCUAGACAGCGGAUAACAGCGUCGCAUUCUUCUUCUCGUAUCACUUCUACAUCACAGAUCAUGAGCGACGAAGCAUCUUGGAAAGAAGCCUUUUCUCUCUUCGACAAGCGCGGCAAUGGUCGUGUCGCCAAAGAAGCAGUAGGCGACUUACUUCGUGCUAUCGGUCAGAAUCCAACACAAGCUGAAGUGUCAGACAUUGAGGCUGGCAUCUCCGGUACUGAUGUGGAUUACCCUGCCUUCCUCAAGAUUGUGCAGCGGCCAGAUGGGUUCAAGCCGCCUGCUGAGCACGCUGACCUUGUACGGGGGUUUCAGGUGUUUGAUAAGGACAACACGGGCUACAUUGGUGUCGGCGAGAUGAUGUACGUAUUGACCAAUCUCGGUGAGCGCAUGUCAGAGAGCGAUGUGACUGAGCUGCUGAAGGGAGUCGAGACGAAGGAUGGCACAGUCAACUACAACGGUGAGGCCCUUUCAUUUGAAGGAAGACAUGAUACUAACAUGGAUGCUAGACUUUGUGCACAUGAUCCUCUCCAACUAGCCUCCGUACCUGCGUAGUCUUCUCUCCC